UUUCUUUUCUAUAACAGUAAUACUAUUUGUGAACAAAAAAUUGACACAUUUAGCAACACAUCCUAAAUAUAGGUGAACCCUCUUGUUGAAACGUUUGUCAGCAUGUGUGUUAGUUUUGUGUACAAUUAGCAUUGUUGUUAUGAUAAAUAUUGGUUCUUUUACACACAAAAUUGAGUUGAGAUUCUCUUUGGAUCUCUAUUUCUAGAGCCUAAGAACCCAGAGAGCUGGGUCGUUGAAGAGAGAGAAAGAGAGAUUCAGACCCUUAGUUUGUGUGAAGCCGGCCACUGGAAAAAAGCUAAUGAGGACCACAUGUUUUAAAUUUUAAAAUAAGUGGUUCAGAUCUCUAAAUUUGUCGGUUCCGUACAUAGAGAUCCGAAGAAGAUCUCAAUUCCAUAAAAUUGUCUUCUAAAUGAAAAGUAUAGUUAAUGGCUGUAAUGAAGGAAUCUAUAAGAGGUCAAACUUGAGUUGAGAUCAAAACGCUUUUAGUGAUCUAAAACCACUUAUAAAUUAUAUCUAACUUGAAUUUUUAACAAAAAUUUCAACACACUUCUAAUGCAAACAACCCUGUAAGUUUCUAACAUAAGGGCAUUUAAACAAAAGCAGCCCUAAAGCAUCGUCCUUCACAAUCCACAGCCACUUUGAUCCUCUGAAAAAAGAAAACUUGCUAAAACCUUGGGUUGCACGACAAAGUAAAAAUUGAUAAACAAACAAAGUCUUCCUACUCACUUAACUAAAAAGAUAUUCCACUCUCUGCCUUGGUCAAAUCCCACCUCCACUGCUGACUUAUCGGCUGUGUCCGCUGAUGUGUAAAACUUGGAGCUUCCUUUGUUCUUCAAUGGUGGAGAUUAUCUACCCCAACACAACUGGAAUUGUUCCCUUCUUUUCAUCUUCCUGAAACUGAUGACCACAGAAGAAACUACGCAAGCUUCCAUUGAAAUGGGAGAGCGUAACGGGAACGGUGCUGAAUAUGUUUCAGUUGGUGAAUUACAUUUCCCUAGGGCUAGGGUAGAUAACUUCAAAAAACUCUCACUUCUGCCUCUUGUCUUCAUCAUCUUCUAUGAGGUAUCUGGGGGUCCAUUUGGGGUUGAGGAUAGCGUCCAGGCCGCUGGUCCGCUUCUAGCCCUUGUCGGGUUCUUGGUCUUUCCACUCAUAUGGAGUGUUCCCGAGGCCUUAAUUACCGCGGAGAUGGGUACCAUGUUCCCUGAGGCUGGGGGUUAUGUUGUUUGGGUUUCGUCGGCUUUGGGUCCCUACUGGGGGUUUCAGCAGGGUUGGAUGAAAUGGCUAAGCGGGGUUAUUGACAAUGCUUUGUAUCCGGUUCUGUUUCUGGACUAUUUGAAGUCGGCAAUCCCAGCGUUAGGUGGUGGCGUUCCAAGAGUUGCAGCGGUCUUAGUUUUGACAUUGUUGCUCACUUACAUGAACUAUAGGGGUCUGACCGUUGUGGGUUGGGUUGCUGUUCUUUUAGGAAUUUUCUCAAUAAUGCCUUUUGUGGUUAUGGGACUUGUGGCAAUCCCCAAGGUGAAGCCCUCGAGAUGGCUAGUUGUAAAUCUACACAAUGUGGACUGGAAUUUGUAUCUGAACACUCUCUUUUGGAAUCUCAACUAUUGGGACUCGAUAAGUACACUUGCCGGAGAGGUAGAAAAGCCAAAUAAAACUCUCCCAAAGGCUCUGUUUUAUGCUUUGAUAUUAGUUGUUCUUGGAUAUUUCUUCCCGCUCUUAAUGGGUACUGGGGCUGUUCCACUCGACCGUGAGUUGUGGACAGAUGGAUAUUUCUCAGAUGUCGCUAAAAUUAUUGGGGGAGUGUGGUUGAGAUGGUGGAUCCAAGGGGCUGCAGCAGUGUCGAAUAUGGGGAUGUUUGUUGCUGAAAUGAGCAGCGACUCCUUCCAACUUCUUGGGAUGGCGGAACGAGGGAUGCUCCCUAAGUUUUUUGGUAAGCGGUCUCGUUAUGGAACCCCAGUGAUUGGCAUUUUGUUCUCAGCUUCUGGAGUCCUUUUGCUAUCUUGGCUGAGCUUCCAAGAGAUUGUAGCUGCAGAAAACUUCUUGUACUGUUUUGGAAUGAUUUUGGAGUUUAUAUCAUUCAUACGGUUAAGGGUGAAGUACCCAGCUACAACUCGGCCUUACAAGAUACCCACUGGAACAGUUGGAGCCAUUCUUAUGUGUAUUCCUCCAACUGUAUUAAUUUGUGUAGUUUUGGCUCUUUCAACACUCAAGGUCGUGAUUGUGAGCCUCGCAGCUAUCUUGAUCGGCCUUGUGAUGCAGCCAUGUCUCACUUACGUUGAGAGAAAGAGGUGGAUCAAGUUCUCCGUCAGUGCUGACCUCCCAGAUCUUCACGGUGCAAAUCAGGAGAGUGUUGGCUCCAUAAGACAUUAGUAAGUCCUCAAAAUAUGCAAAGCCAUUGUAUACUCAAUACUGUAGGUCGUUGGUGUCGUUGGUGUUGAAGCGAUGACUACGCUCAAGUCCAUAGCAGAUGUUGACUGAUAGCUAGUUAUCAUCUGUGUGUGUUUUAAGACGAUCAUCGAUGGAAAUGUUUGAUUAGAUGUUGAACUAUCUGUAACAUUAAUUGACUAGGGAAUUAUGUGAAUUUGGUUUCAGUGGAUUUUUGGAAUAUCAUGUUCUUGAAGGACAUUUGCAGAAACUUUGAAAUGUAAGAUGCAUGUUGUGACUUGUGGGAGAGAUGUAUAUUGCAUGUCCUUCCUUGGAGGUGACAUACAAAAAUAAGAAAUUUCACCACUCCUGUAA